AUGGCAGAAAGACGAGUAAACGAUCGCGGACAAAAUCAAGAUGAUAAUGCGGUUCCAGCGGCAAUUAGAAAUAGUAACAUGUCCGAAGAAUGCAUCGUACUGCUGGAGGAAUUGAUCCGCAGCAACCGGGCUCUGGCGAGCGAAAAUGAAAAGCUGCGGCAGCAGCAAGAGCGCAGCAACAAAUCAAACUUAGAGGCUCUUCAGCGGAUUGAGAACCGUCUUGAAACUGGUGAUAAUGGAGCCAAAGUCCGUCGGCGCCAAAAUAGACAGAAGCGAAGGACGAUAGUAGUUCCACCAGCUUGUCGAGUGAGUAGAAAAACGUAACUGAUGAGCAUAAAUAAUGUGAUAUAUGUUCAUGAUUUGCUGAAUUCAGUUCUGUUUCGUGGAAGAUUUGCUUUUAUGUUGAGUACGUGUUUGGUGCGCAAAUUAUAUGCAUAACUCAAUUAUUUAGGCGGUAAUCAUUUGGCAUAAUUAUGUGUGGUUACAUUUACUUGAUAAUAACCUUUACCAUAAACAGGUCUACCAGAAAGGUUUUUUCCUCCCUGUUCUUUCAACGAGAAUAAUCCAGUACGAAAAUUCAUGUUAUUAUCUUUUCUCUUGAACCCUUUUGACUUUCCCUGUUUUAAUCACACAGAUGGGUAAGGUUAAUUGUACUUGUGUAAAAAGCGUGGAAGUAGAAAUAGGGGAAAGGUGACAAAUUGAUUGUUGAAAUUAUUUCAAUCUUUUAGAGAGCCGUGAGAAGGAUAUAUAGACUUCUUUUAAAAAAAGACGACUUUGGUGGAAUUUAUCUUGACGAAGAGUGAGUAACAUGUUAUUAUAUUCAAAGAUAUUUUACUUUAUAUUGAUUAAACCGUGAAAUCAGAGUCUAAGCAUGUGAAUACCUUAUUGUUGUUGCUUUUGUCUAAGUGUUAAUACUGUUAAAACAGAAUACUUGGCUUAAUCACGGUGUUUGUUCUUGUCUCAGAGUAAAUUCUGAUAACAACUAUGGAAUUUUUGAGCGCACAGUAGAGCAGGUUGUACAUCAACAGGGAGGACCUGAAAAGUGUCCCUGGACAAAGGAUAUCAUUGAAGGUAGCUAUCAAUAAUCAUAGCACAUGCAUUUCACUUUCAUUGGGGUGUCAUUAUGAUUUUUUUGCAGGUGGGCAUAAGAAUUUGGCACUUAAGCGUAUUGAUGUAUAUCUCUUUUAUAACAAGUUGAGUUUCACUGAAGGCCUUGGCUUAAAAACAUCCAGACAAAAUCGUGCUCACAAUUGGUCAAUUUGUCUAUAGCCCAGUCCUUAAAGAUACCCCUGCUUUUAGUCUGUACCAUCAGUUAGUGUCUUUAACCACUUUUCCCUCAACAAAAAUUUCAUCAUAGAACUAGCAUUCAGUAACACAGUUAGAUAUCAUGCAACUUCUAAUGAGCACCCUCAUUAUAUGUUUCAAAUUUAGGACAAGAGGAAGGGUAUAUUUUUAAUUUUUUCCCAAUUUGCAUAAUAACUUUCUCAAAUGUUGCAGAAAUUUAAAAUGUUGCAAACUAGAACUUUCAGGUUAAUUUCUUGUCUCUGAAACAUUAAGUUCAGUGUAAAUCCUCAACAAAGCUUACUUCACACCUUAGCAAUGAAUCACCAAGGACAUACUGCAAAUUUAUAUAACUUGGCAAAUAUUCCUAUGCGGCCAGCCAUAAAUGAUUAUAAAUUUGAACAUUGUCAUUUAUUUAUAUGGGAAUCUUUUUAUAAUCAACUUCUCAUGGCAUUUUGAUAAUUAUUUCUUUGAACAGCUGCUUUACAAAGAUAUUUUAAAACGUGCCUAGAAACACAUAAGCUGAAGAGCAGUAAUCGCUAUGAGGCACAUAAACAAAAAACAAGAAAGAGUGGUCGCCAAAGAGAGGUAUUUAUUGGGAUACUAUUUUAACAUUUUACUUUUCAUAUACCCUGCUGUUCACAAACGACAGGGUCUGACAGAUGUUCAGUGUUACCAGUGCACCAUUGAGUACAUUGAUCAAUAGGAGGGAAGAUGUUUCCCACUGAAUGCAUUUUUUUUGCCACUUCAAAAUUGGAUGGCUUUGCAUAUAGACACUUUUAAGGGACUGUGUCCUGUCAAAAUUGUUUUGUGCCUAUGAGAGCAAUUGUUAAAUGAAUUAUGUAUUCUGGUCUGUAUCUAGAGCCUCCCUUACAAAGAAAAUCUUUGUAAAGUAAAUUUGGUAAUUGUAUAAUAUUAUUUUAAAGAUGGAUCUGUAGUUGAGGAAAAGAAUGAAAAAUAUCAAGAUGUGAUUUGAGAUCAAUGAUAGCUUGUAUGGACCAUUUGAUGAAAAAUAAAGGACAAGGAGACUCUAUAGUAUAACAUGCUUAAGAAUUCCAUUCUUACACUGUGUGCACAUGCACAUCAAGAGAAAUUAGUAAUUUGGAUCAUAUUUUCCAUUUGAGGUCUUAUAAUACCCCUCUCAUGCUUGUUGUAUAUUUUUGUUUUUUCAGAAGUUAAUGAGACGAACUACAGCCCUGGAGCUGGUCAACUGGGCUGACCAGCAUGAAAAGGGGAGAGUGGCGGAGGUUCUUGUGAUGGAGGCGAUGAGCAGUGAAGAAAGCUGUUACGAGGAUAAUGAUAUAAAUAACUCAAAAUUAACAAAAUACUCUGUCCAUCGCCUUCAAUGGGAGAGUAGAAGAAUGAAAAAAUUUAAAAAAAACUUGAUAAGGCCUAUAAGAAAAAACUCACUUCAAGAGCUAAGGAGAGAAUACUACCCAGAGUUGAUGGGCAACCUUCUCUGA